AGGUGGGACCAAGGGCUGGGCAGAAUGGGAAAAAAGACGAUGAGGGCUACUUCCCAGACUCCGGAGAGGAAGCCGACGAGCUGAUACAAAAUUGCGAGGCACCCCAACCACCGAUAGAGUAGGAAAACAGGAUCGUUAUCGACUUAGACGCGUCUUCACUGUUGCCAGAUGACCUGCUGGAGAACCUCACAUCGCCAGAGCGGACACCGGCCGCUGCCCCAUCGAUAUCAGGCAUUCUACAGCAGUCCACGGGUCCUAUGGCGGGUCAGAGCAAGAGGAGCGCCAAACCCGAGACCACCAUCCCCGCAACCACUACCGUCGUGAAAACGGCGGUGAGGGGCCAAGGGGGAGAGGCCAAAGGCAAGGCCAACCUCAACCAGGACGUGACCGACAAUGCAUUGCUGAAACAGGCCGAUUCCAUCAUUCUGCAGGCCCAAGAACAGGCCAGUGACAUAGCUGCUGAGAAACUGGCCACAAUGACCAGCGAGGAAAUGGCAUCCGAGGAAAGAAAAGCUGCUGACAGCAAGAUUAGAGAUCUAAACCUGUUCCUGUCCCUUAGCGCCGAAGAACAGCAGGCGGAGACAGAAGCGUUCCAAUGCGGACGAUGCAAACAGCGGAAAUGUCGCUAUCGUCAAGCACAGACGCGGAGCGCCGACGAACCGAUGACUACCUUCGUAACGUGAGUUUUCUCUUCACUGUGCGGUACCAUCCUGACCUUUUCUUUUCAUCAGAUGUGUCAACUGUGGGAAUAGAUGGAAAUUUUCAUAAACAGCGCAU